AAGACAUAAAAGACCGCACUUACAAUAUGCGGCGAUAUAAGCCGUGAUUUAUCCUGUUUCAAAAAUUCUGGUGUAAAGAACGUGUCACCUACAGCGGACAAGAGCUGAUCAUUUCGCACCGAAUCGAUUGGCCGAUCGCUUGGGCAGUAGCGUGUAUUGUUAUACUGGGCUUUAAUUAAUCUCGGUGCCCUCCAAAAUGUGGUUUCUAAACCCCCGCAGUAGCAUCGAAGACCUGGGCCGGGUAAAAUUCUGGAAAGCCUUGGGCGCGGAAUUCCUGGGGACGGCCAUUUUGGUGUUUGUGGGAUGUGGCUCAGCCGCGUCCUCACCGGUGCCCACGCAGAACAUGGAUGCCUUCUGCACCCGGGUGGGGAUUACCUUCGGGCUGACGGUGGCCACCGUUGUCUGGGGUAUUUGCAAUGUAUCCGGCGGGCAUAUUAAUCCGGCGGUGACCAUCGCUUUUCUGUUGACCCGCAAGAUCAGCCUGUUGAAAGCGGUACUGUACAUGGCGUUCCAGUGCUCGGGCGCGGUAGCCGGGGCGGGGCUGCUCUUUGCCGUGGUGGAUGAGAAGACGUUCCAGGGACCUUUCGCUUGCAACGGUGUUGGAGGCGGUCUGAAUAAUAUGCAGGCCAUCCUAAUAGAAGCCAUCAUCACCUUUGUGCUGAUCUUCACCGUCUUCGCCACAUGCGACGGGAAACGGUGUGAUUUGAAGGGAUCCGGACCGUUGGCCAUUGGAAUUGCCGUGCUGAUCUGCCAUCUCGCUGUUAUUCCUCUAACAGGAUCAUCCAUGAAUCCCGCUAGAUCUUUGGGUCCAGCGGUUCUGCGCGGAGAUCACUGUUGGAAAGACCAUUACGUGUACUGGGUGGGGCCGAUGAUUGGCGGCGCGGUAGCUGGUUUAGUGUACGAUUUAAUCUUUGCUGCCGAUGCCAGCCUCAGAAAACUGGGAGAGUGCGCAAGUUCGGAUGAUUACGAACCCGAUGAGGAGCGCGACAAUGAUGUCAAGCAACCGCGAGUGUAAAUCCACAGGAAUGGACUUCCUUGCAGAUUAUCAGUCGUCUUAUGACCGCGCUAGCGCAUUUGGCAACGAUCUAUCGAACACAGUAAAUUCUUUUAUAAAUGAUAAAACUCCCAAAUUUUUGGCAACCGGUGUGAAUCUUUAACUGUCUUACCUUGUUAAUAUUGCACAGGCAUUUGGUCUGCAUUUCAUUGUUUCUUCCGCUCGAUCGAGGUUUUUAAAGUAGCAUGACCUUUCAUCGAUUCUGUUUGUUUAUUUUUUCCACCUCUGCUUGACGUACUUCUGUGUCUUUCGAGUGUACUGUUCGUUUCUAGCUUUUCGAAUUCUGCAUUUUCCUGUUUCCUGUUUCUGCAUUUCCCUGUUUUGUGCGACGUAUAAGCCUGCAUGGUUUAUAAUUAUAUCCUUACCUUACCUGACUAUUUGCUCAAUGUUGUUACCGAAUAUAAUUGCAAUAAUACAGUCGUGCACGUG